AUGAAGUCAGAAGAAAGCCUGUCUCUGAUACAAAAGGAAUUCUUCGAUUUUCGUUGGGAUCCAGCUGGAAACGUGGCACAGCAUACAUCGAAGCUCGAAGGAAUGGUGAAUAAAAUGAAAACGCUAGGGGGAGAGAUAUCGGCAUCUAUGCUAAUCACGAGAAUUCUCUCCACGCUACUGCAAAAAUUCAGCCAUUUCCACAGCGUAUGGGAUUCGACGGAUGAUGCGAAGAGGACAAUCGAAAAUCUAACGGCAAGGCUCAUGAUGGAAGAAAUGCGUUUGAAAGGCAAGGAUAAAGAGGAAGAGACAACAGCCUUAAUUUCGAAAAUGAAUUUGAAGAUUGAUCCUUCCAAGAAAAAAAACUACCAGAAGCAGGGAGAGCAUAAGGAGAACGAAGACACGUCGAGUGCGUCGACAGCACAAGCAUUCGCGGGAUCCACGGAACGAACAAAGACAGAAGACUACUGGCUACUCGAUUCAGCAGCUCGGACCAUACAAAUGACGAAUGAACGAGACUGGUUCUUCGAGUAUCAGUUUUCAGAACCGUUAAAGGUCUACAUUGAUAACGGUGAGAAGGUACCAGCGCUAGGACAAGAUAACAUCAAGAUCAAAACGAAAGUAAACGGAAAAUGGUCGCAAGGGAUUGUUACAUCCAGCUUUAUGAAAGGGUAG